AUGAAUGCAGCAUCAUUGCUAACUGUUAUUGCUUUACCUAGACCGAGCACCCUUACAAACCAUGUUGCUGUUGUAUGCUCUGCCCGAAGCAGUUCUUCAAAGGCGGACGGGACCACUAACCGGCUCCUACGGGCAGCACGAGAAGCAGAAAAUCCGCAGUCCUCACAAUACAAGACCCUCGUCGAUAUAGUACUGUCGGAACACAUAAGCGUCGCAAACGAUCUUAUCCACUCUACCGACCUGAGAUCCCAAUUAGUUUCCGAGUUUGAUGCGGAAUGCCAACGGGUGUUGAAAAUACUAGAAGCUGCUCAAACACUGGGAGAAGUUAGUAGCAGAUGUGUGGACAUGGUCAUAAGUGCCGGCGAGAAACUAAGCUGCCGACUCAUGGCUGCACUGUUGAACGACCGAGGAGUUGGUGCUGCUUACAUUGACUUGUCUGAUGCCAUAGACUUUGCUGCCGGCGUUCAAGUGCUGGAUCAGGAGUUCUACGACCGUCUAGCCAAGCUCUUUGCCGAAAGGGUAAAUGCCUACCCUGGCAAAGUACCUGUGCUCACGGGGUACUUCGGCCUCGUUCCAGGAGGCCUCUUGGACAAAAUUGGGCGUGGAUAUACUGAUCUAUGUGCUGCAUUGGUAGCUGUUGGAUUGAAUGCCCAGGAAUUACAGGUCUGGAAGGAAGUGGAUGGAAUUUUCACUGCUGACCCUAGAAAGGUUCCCACGGCACGGCUACUCUCUGCCAUUACCCCGGCAGAAGCGGCUGAGCUCACCUUCUAUGGCUCGGAAGUUAUCCACCCUUUCACCAUGGAGCAGGUCAUCCGGGCCAAAAUACCUAUCAGAAUCAAAAACGUUAUGAAACCGAAGGGUAGCGGCACCAUAAUAUUCCCUGACUCACGCUCAGAACUAGAACGAACCACACCCGGUCAUGAUCCCAAGUUCUUCCGCACACGAGGCCCUCACUUUUGGGCUCACAGCGAAGGCCCUAAACGACCAACGGCUGUGACAGCAAAACAUAAAAUCUUGGUUAUCAAUAUUCACUCUAAUAAACGAUCCCUCUCACACGGAUUCUUUGCCGGGAUAUUUUCUGUCCUUGACAAGUGGAGACUAUCUAUCGACCUUAUCUCGACUAGUGAGGUACAUGUUUCCCUAGCUUUACAUUCGGAAUUACCUCUUCUCAAUGGUGUUGGUCGUGAUGAAUACCAAAUCAUCGACGAAGACCUUCGUGGGGCAAUCCAGGACCUGCGAAGAUAUGGAACGGUAGACAUUAUACCGGAGAUGGCCAUUUUGAGUCUUGUCGGACAGCAGAUGAAAAAUAUGGCUGGUGUAGCUGGUCGCAUGUUCUCCGUACUCGGAGAACACAACGUGAAUAUCGAAAUGAUUUCACAAGGCGCCAGCGAAAUCAACAUAUCCUGCGUGAUAGAAGAACGUGAUGCCGACCGAGCCAUCAAUAUCCUUCACACCAAUCUCUUCACUUUCCUCGAAUAA